AUGGUGCCUGGCCCCACAGCAGCCCCGCUCUGCGGGAGCGCGGGGCAGCAGGGAGCAGGGCCGGGCAGCAGCCCGCAGGCAGCUCCCAGCACAGAGGGCGCGCCCGUGGGCCUGACGGUGGUACCGCAGGCGCUGGCGUACGCCGAGGUGGCCGGGCUGCCCGUCCAGUAUGGUCUCUACUCCUCCUUCAUGGGCUGCUUCAUCUACUGCCUCCUGGGAACUGCCAAGGACGUGACGCUGGGUCCAACGGCCAUCAUGUCCCUGCUCGUCUCUUCCUACGCCUUCCAUGACCCCGUCUACGCGGUGCUGCUCACCUUCCUGUCGGGCUGCAUCCAGCUGGCCAUGGGGCUCCUGCAGCUUGGCUUUCUCCUGGACUUUAUAUCCUACCCGGUCAUUAAAGGCUUCACCUCAGCAGCUUCCAUCACCAUUAGCUUCAACCAGGUCAAGAACAUCCUGGGGCUGCAGGGAAUCCCCCGGCAGUUUUUCCUGCAGGUCUAUCAAACGCUGAGGAGGAUCGGAGAGACCAGAGUUGGGGACGCUGCCCUGGGGCUGACCUGCCUGGUGGCACUCAUGGUCCUCGGGGCAAUGAAGAGUGGCCUCCGCAGAGUGGCCAGCGCGGAGCCGCUGUGCGCCAGGGUCAGUUAUCGCAUCGUCUGGACCUCUGCCACGGCUCGCAACGCCCUCGUGGUCCUCUUUGCCGGCCUGGUUGCCUACUCCUUCCAGGUGAUGGGCUCCCAGCCCUUCACGCUCACGGGCAGGAUCCCGCGCGGCCUCCCGGCCUUCCGGGUGCCACUGUUUUCCAAGGGCACCCCCAACNACCGUUUUCCCCUCGUCCUUGUCCCGCAGGACAUGGGAGCCGGGCUGGCCGUGGUGCCGCUCGUGGGCCUGGUGGAGACCGUCGCGAUCGCCAAGGCUUUUGCCUCGCAGAACGACUACCGCAUCGAGCCCAACCAGGAGCUGCUGGCCAUGGGUCUCACCAACCUCCUGGGCUCCUUCGUCUCCUCGUACCCGGUCACGGGCAGCUUUGGGCGGACGGCGGUGAAUGCGCAGACGGGCGUCUGCACCCCCGCGGGCGGGCUCGUCACAGGCGCCCUGGUCCUGCUCUCGCUGGCCUUCCUGACCUCCUGCUUCUACUACAUCCCCAAAGCGGCGCUGGCCGCCGUCAUCAUCUGCGCCGUGAUGCCCAUGUUCGACGCCGCGAUCUUCCGGACGCUGUGGCGGGUGAAGAGGCUGGACCUUGUGCCGCUGUGCGUGACGUUCCUGCUGUGCUUCUGGGAGGUGCAGUACGGCAUCAUGGCCGGGGUGCUGGUCUCGGGGCUCCUCCUGCUCUACCCCAUUGCCAGGCCGCCCAUGAAGGUGUCCAUGCAGGGAGAGCUCCUCGUGCAGCCCGGGAGCAGCCUGCAGUUCCCGGCCGUCAAGUAUCUACGGGACACGAUGUGCAAGCAGGUCCUGGCAGAGCAACACGGGGAGGCAGAGCCGGGUACCGCCUGGACCGUCCUGUUCCCCUCCAGUGCCAAGUGCUCACCGGGGAGCAUCCAGUGA